AUGCUUUGCUUCUUUCUCAUCUGUCUUGCUUUAUCUGAUGUUGAAGAUGAGGAGGACGAAGACGUUCAAAAGCCUUCUGGCAGUAUGGCCGGAAAUAAGCUUUCUGAUUCAGAUGAAGAAGAGGAGCAAAUUGAUGAUGAAACUUAUUUCACAGAUUAUAAUAUAGAAAAAGCAAAGAGAGAAAAGGAUAUGCCGCCUAGAUCGCGGUAUGCGUAUGUGUCAGUAUAUUCUUCCGAUAUUCAAGAGCAUUUCGGCUAUCUUCAAAUGCUAACGGUCCUUGGAUAUUCUCUAAAGACUUUAUCGCCUAACUACGACAGAGUACUUAUUGUUUCUCAGCCAUUAUCAGAAGCUGAGCAAUUGAUGAACGUUGUAAAAAAAGUUUGGACACAUAUCAUAGUUAGACCACAUAUUAAGUGGCCUAAUGAAUACCAUCCUGGAAAAUCCGAAAAUGCUUUUUGGUUUAAAUUCCAGAUAUACACUUUAACGCAAUACGAAAAAAUAUGCUUUUUCGGAGCCGAUACUUUAGUUUUCCGUGAUGUCAGUUUCGUUUUUGAUUACGAAGCUCCAUCAUCCGGAUACGAUAUUCAAACAUACGGAUUACUAGAAAGCGGAUUUAGAUUUAAUCACGACUUUUUACUAAUCAAACCAUCAUUAGAUGACUACUCCAGACUUCUAGAAGUUUGUCUCGACUAUGUCGGCCAUCCAGAAAAGGAUGCAAACUCGAUUGGAACAUAUGAUACAGCAGUUUUAACGAAAUUCUACGCUGGAAAUAUACAUUUACUUCCUAUUUUAUGCAUGCAUGAAAACAGAGGCUACAAGAGGACAAUUCUUCAAGAUCCGUCUCAUCCAACUUCAAAAAUCCUUUCAAGUGCAGCUCACUUUGGCGGUGAUUCGAAACCUUGGAAGAAGAGAAUGACAAUUUACAGUGAAGUAUGGAUGAUUUUCGCAUCUAACGUUUAUGAAAAAUUAGAUGUGCCAUUUUCAGCCGGACAGCUUGGCCAAGCAGAAGAAGAAAUUGUUAACAUAUUAUUCGGUCAAGCAGCUGAAGCAAACAGACUUAAAAAGAUUCAAGAAGGUCUGAAAUAUGAUGAUGACGACGAUGGCCUUGUAGAAUUGUAUCCAAACCCUGCACAUUCAGGAACAAGGAGGAACGUAACCAUGCUUUUCCUUGUUUUAUUCAUUUCGAUGCUUUUGCUCAAAAUUACGAUCGGAACUGCAAAUCCGUUUAACGUUUUCAUGCAAAAGAUUGAAAAGGGUCUCGACCAAUUUGUCAGACUUGAUGAAGAGCAGCCACGAUUUGCAAUCCAAACAUCUCAAGUUGAAACUCGGAAGAAAGGCAAAAAGUCAAAGAGGAGGAAAGGAAAAGGAAAGAAGAGCAAGAAUACCACAGAAAAUCAAGUUGUUCAGGAUGAACAAAAUAAUGAUAUAAAACCUAAUACGGAUUUACCAGCGGAAGAAAAUACUCAUGAAAAUAAUGAUGUAGAGCAGCCACAGUAG